GGAGAAGCAGGCGCCUGGGUCUCAGGUUCCUCCUUUGGGCCCAGUGGCCGGCGCGGCCGCCAGACCUACACCCGCUACCAGACCCUAGAGCUGGAGAAGGAGUUUCACUACAAUCGCUACCUGACGCGGCGGCGGCGCAUCGAGAUCGCGCACGCCCUGUGCCUGACCGAGAGGCAGAUCAAGAUCUGGUUCCAGAACCGGCGCAUGAAGUGGAAAAAGGAGAGCAAACUGCUCAGCGCGUCUCAGCUCAGUGCCGAGGAGGAGGAAGAAAAGCCAGCCGAGUGAAGGCGCCGGAAAGGGAGGGGGGACGCGAAGGGAGCAGCCUGUGGGGAGCCGAGGGCGUCGGAGAGCCCGGAGAAGGCUCUGCGGGCGGGGGGCCCGGGGGACCUGCUCUCUAGCACGCUACAGGCGGGGCCCAGCGCUCUCCUGGACGCCCCCACCCGCAGAGCUCUCCCUGGGUGCUGGGAGGCCUUGCCGCCUGAGCCCACCCAGCACCCGGAGCGCCCCCUCCAUCCCUGCGGGACCGCUUCAGCCCCAUCAGGCUCCCCUGUGAGAACUGAGGACCGGAUUCACUUGAUGUUUCCUGGAAGCAGAGCAAAAUGCUCUUGUCCGUGUCGCGUCUCAUUUCGUCCAUGUCCCCCGUGCACGGUUCAAUGGUAGAUUCGCAGUCCCCUCAGCAGGGGCCUCGAAGACUCCCUGACCCCAGACCUUUCUCCCAGCCCCUCCCUAAAGCCACUGGAAGGAGCACAUACUACCUAGAAGUAAGAAGAGGAGCCUCAGAAGAAAACAAAGUUCUAUUUUAUUAAUUUUCUAUGUGUCGUGUUUGUAGUCUUGUCUUAGCUCUGGACGUGAAAUACUUCGGUAAUAAUAUUAAUAUUAUUAAUAAUGAUGAUGAUGAUGAUGAUAAUAAUAAUAAAGAUGUAAAAACUC